AUGGGCUGGACUAUGACUCUAAAAGAUGACUUUGGGGUCAUUGCCUGGACACGGCGAGCUGGGAACUACCUCAGCCUCUUCCUCCUCUUGUCUCUAUUUUCCUUAUCAGUCCAGUCAGACAUUGUGUUUCCUAAGGACCAUCAUUUCUCAUGGAAAGCAGGCCAGUGGGGUCAGUGUAUCGGGGAGGAGUGUGGUUCUGGCGGGGUCCAGACGCGGACAAUAUGGUGUGUCCACAUGGAGGGCUGGACUACCCACCAUACCCACUGCCAGCACAUGGACAAGCCAGAAAGCCAGCGGCACUGCUUUAAGGUUUGCGACUGGCACCAGGACCUUUUUGAGUGGGAGGUAUCAGAUUGGGGAGGCUGUGUUCUUGUCCCUUACUUUUCCAACGAGCUCACACUGAGGACGGCUGAGUGCAUUACAGCACAGCAUGGCAUCCAGAGGCGCAAAGUUCACUGUGUACGCACUUCAAACCGUACCACAGUUACCUCAAGGAUAUGCGAGUUCUUUUCCCAGAAACCCCCUGUGGAGCAGGCAUGUCUCAUCCCCUGCCCCCAGGACUGUGUAGUUUCAGACUUUACCUCCUGGUCAAGUUGCAGCAAAACCUGUGGUGCUGGCCUGCAGCAUCGGACUCGACAUGUCCUGGCCACACCAAUGUAUGGAGGUGGAAGCUGCCCCAACCUGACAGAGACCAGGACUUGUUCUAGCCCUGUUGACUGCCCUGCUGGGGAGGGUGAGUACCAGUACAGCCUUAAAGUCGGGGCCUGGAGUGCGUGCCGACUACCCCAUCACAAGGAUACCCUGUUAAGUGGUAGGACCACAGUGGACUUCUUCUCCAAUGAGAACAACACAGUUACAUUGCACACACACGUGUCUCAUCACCACUCCCAUAACCACCACCACCACCACCAGCAUGCACACAACAAAUACCCUAUGUCAUGGGAACUGGAGGUGGGAUAUCAGACCCGACAAGUCCGCUGCACAAGGAGUGACGGCCAGAAUGCAAUGCUGAGUCUCUGUGUCAAGGACAACUCCCCCCUGACCUUUCAGGCAUGUGUGAUGCCCAAAGACUGUCAGACAUCUGAUUGGUCAUCGUGGAGUCCCUGCUCGAAGACCUGCCGGUCCACCGACCUGUCUCCUGGUUACCGCCUCCGGUCACGGAUCAUGACGCAGAUCCCAGUCGGAGGGGGGAAACGAUGUCCUGCCCUUGAGGAAAAAGAAGCUUGCAACAUCAUAGGAGAUUUACUUCCAAACUGCCCCAGGUAUGUGUGGAGGACCACUGACUGGGGAGAAUGUCGCAUCCUUCCCUUACUGAGCCAGCAGGACCGGCGGCUUGCUAACAUCAGUAUUCUGUGUGGAGGGGGGAUCCAGAGCAGGAAGACCUACUGUGUUCAAGUCCCUGAUGACUCAGCACCACAUCACAGGAAAGAGGUGUCCAGGCCUGUAAAUGCCAGGCUAUGCGCUGGUGAAGAGCCCCCCUCGGCCGUCCAGCACUGCUCCAUCCCUUGCCAGCACCACUGCCUGCUCUCCCAGUGGUCACCCUGGGGUGCCUGCCUUCAUGACAACUGCAAACAACCACAGGGAAAGAAAGGUUUUAGACAGAGGAGGAGAGAGGUGUUGUGGGAGUCCAGCAGUCCUCUAGAGACCUGCCCUCAUCUGGUGGAGUCUGUCCCCUGUGAGGAUCCCACCUGCUUCCUGUGGCAGGUCCAACAAGAAGAAAGAUGCAUUCCCACUAAAAGCCCCUGUGGUCCUGGAACCGCCGUCCAGAAUGUGACCUGUGUCAGUGCUGAAGGGGAAGAUGUGCCCAUUGCCCUCUGUGAAGCAGACCGUCCUCCCACAGAAGUGGCCUGUGAGGUGCCGUGUUCUGCAGACUGUGUGGUUAGCUCCUGGUCCUCGUGGUCACCCUGCUCACACAGUUGUGCCACCAAGAACGCGGAGGGCCGACAGAGCCGCACUCGCACAGUGUUGGCCCUCCCAGGGAAAGGAGGAAAGGAGUGUCCAGCUGCUCCAGCCCUAGAGGAGUGGAGAGGCUGCAAUGACCACCCUUGUAUGGUGUUCUACUGGGAGGCCUCAGCUUGGGGUCCCUGUAUUGAAGAUGCCUCCAUGAAUCUCAAUGGAACCAGCUUCUGGAACGGGACCCCUUCCUGUUCUGUUGGUGUUCAGAUCCGCAAAGUCAACUGUAUGAAGAUGAAUGUUGGACCUGUCAUAAGUAAAAGGUGUUCAGAUUCUGCUCGUCCAGAAACCGUCCGACCGUGUUUGCUACCCUGCAAGAAAGACUGCAUUGUGACACCCUUCAGUGAAUGGACAGCCUGCCCAUCAACCUGCAUGCAAGAUAAUGCAACUGCCGCCACACAGUCUCGAUACAGGACCAUCAUUCAGAGGUCUGCUAAUGGAGGUCAAGAGUGUCCUGACACACUGUAUGAAGAAAGAGAGUGUGAAUCACUUCCUGUAUGUCCAGUGUAUAGGUGGAAGACCCACAAGUGGCACAGCUGUACUCUGGUUCCAGAUUCAGUUCGACGUGGAUUAUCUGGACCAGAAGAAGCCUGUGGAAAUGGUUUAGAAACACGAGGAGUCAGUUGUGUUGAGGAGAGCGGUGAAUCGGCCAAUAUGACAGAGUGCCUGCAAUGGGCUGGCCCCUUGCCCCCUCAGAGCAGAGACUGCUGGGUAGCUUGCAAGGAUGACUGCACUCUAACACCGUGGUCCAAGUUCUCUGAAUGUGCUGGAUGUGGCAGCUCCCGCAGUCGCAAGCGUUCACUCACAGGUCGCAGUAAAAAGAAGGAGCAUUGCCUGAAUGAGGAGUCAUACCCACUGGAGGAGACAGAGACUUGUCCCUGUGACGAGUUUUUGUCCCAGCCAUAUGGGAACUGGUCUGCUUGCAUCCUCCCUGAUCCUUCAGCUCCGGGAUCCCUGAAGGGCUGGAUGAGUCACCGGGAGGUAAAGGAGUGUGGCCAAGGUCUGCGCUACAGAGCAGUGGCCUGCAUUGACCAGCCGGGACACCUGGUCAGCCCCACACUCUGUACAGACUCAGGCUACAUGGUGGAGGUUUGCCACAUCCCUUGCCCCCUAGACUGUAAGCUCAGUGACUGGUCAACCUGGUCAGCCUGCAGUGCAUCCUGUGGCAGCGGGUUGAAGAUCAGGUCGAAGUGGCUCAGGGAGAAAGCUUUCAAUGGGGGACGCCCAUGCCCCAGGCUGGAUUUGAAAAACCAGGCUCAGGUGUACCAGGCUGUGCGGUGCCACAGUGAAUGCAGCCAAUACGAGUGGAGGAUCGAGCCCUGGUCCAUUUGUACCAUCAACACUGUGGACGACCUGCCAGCCUGCGGAGAGGGAGUCCAAAGCCGCAAGAUCAGGUGUGUGAAGAAGGGAACAAGUGGGGAAACCAGCAGUGUGGAGGACAGUCUGUGUGAUCAGGAGGAAAUGCCACCCAGAGCCCAGGUCUGCUUUCUGGCCUGCCCCAACGACUGUGUCACGACACCCUGGGGACCGUGGAGCAACUGCCCUCUGCAAUGUGACCAAGGAACAACAAGGAACAGGACCAGACAUAUCCUCCGACUCCCAGCCUCGGAAAACUCUGCUUGUCCAGAGCUGGUCCAGUCAGAGCCCUGCGUCCUCAACAGCACCUGCUUCACCUACCAGUACAGAGUCUCAGACUGGAGUACAUGCCAGCUGGGGGAAAAUGCCAUCUGUGGUCAAGGUUCACGGUUGCGUCUCUUGGACUGUAUUCGCAGCAAUGGCAAGAUUGUGGAGUUGCAGAAGUGUGAGCAGUUUGGUCUGAUCAACAAGUGGAGGCUGUCGGAGAGCUGCGUGGUUGACUGCCCUGUCAGCUGCAUACUCUCUGAUUGGUCACCGUGGGCGGAAUGCUCGCAUACCUGUGGUAGCCAAGGUCAGUCUGUGCGCACCCGGACAAUUCUGCAGGAGGCUCAUGAGGAGGGUCGGCCCUGUCCCAACCAGCUCACCCAGACCAAGCCAUGUCCCAUAAGGCCUUGCUACACGUGGCUGCUGAGUGACGGGUCCCCAUGCACUGUAGAGGGUGCAGCAUGUGGUGAGGGGCUUCGGAGACGGAACCUGUCUUGUGUCGUUCACUGGGGCGAUGAGUCUCGUCCUCAGCCAGUGGAGGAGGAGCUUUGUGGAGAUAAACUGAGACGUCUCAUCCAACAGGAGAUGGAGCAGCCCUGCUUCGUCCCCUGCCCAGGAGACUGCCAUUUGACUGUGUGGUCAUCUUGGAGCUCUUGCCAGCUGACCUGCCUGGAGGGGCGAAGCUUUGAGACCACAGGGCGCCAAGCUCGCUCGAGAGCUGUGAUCAUUCAGGUCAUGGAGAACCAGGGCAGCUGCCCACAUCAAGUUUUUGAGACCCAGCCCUGUAAAGGAGGAAAAUGCCACAGUUACCAGUGGAGGACAGGAGGAUGGAGCAACAAUGAGAGAGCAGUGUGGUGUCAGCGCUCAGAUGGUGUCAAUGUCACAGGGGGCUGUUUCCCGCAGAAAAGGCCGACCACGGUCAGACACUGCCAUCCUCCGUGCACUAAACCCUUCUCACACUGCACACCGAGUGGAGUGUGUGGGUGUGAGAAGGGUUACACUGAAGUGAUGACAACGCAUGGCUUCUUGGACUACUGCACCAGAACCCCAGGGGUGGACAACAACAAGAAAGCUGAUGUGAAAACCAACUCUGGAAGAUUAAAACCCGGGCCGUCUCAGGCUCAGGACCUCUUCAACGAGUGGACCUUACGACCUGUUGGCCCAGAUGGAAGAGUAAAGCUGUGGGUUUAUGCCGUGACUGCUGUUGGAUUCAUCUUAAUACUCUUCAUUAUUGCAUUAUCAUUCCUGGUCUGUAAGCCAUCCAAAACCACUAAGACGUCUCCGCCUCCGCAGAAGCCCUUGACCCUGGCCUACGAUGGUGAUAUGGAUAUGUAACCAGGCUGCUAUACCUCACAAGGGCGCGCUCCACCUUGGACAGACUCCUGACUGCGUUCAGAUUGUUAGCAAGCACGUCCAUCACAUACCACUGAUUGUCGGCCAGUUUGAGCUGGGUGACUGUUUGCUGUAGUGCCAAUUGUACUGUAAAACUGCAGCAGACAAAUAAAAAUGCUCGCACAUGAUUUGCUGCUGAAGGGCAACGGAGCC